GGACUAACUUGUAAACUAACCCAAGUCUUGAACCCUCUUCUGAGUUCUGAUCGCUGGGAAAUCUCAAAGAGGGACGAAAUGAAGCUUCAUUUCUCAACCAAAUCGUUUCCCAGAUCACUUACGGUUCGCCAAAUCUACAUUUGUUCAAGGGUUUUAGCUUCACUCUUCUCCACUAAAGCCCAAACCCAACCUUACCGUCCCUCUUCUUCUUCUCCACGAGUUUUAGCAUUGUAUCGUCGGAUUGAACGCGUUAGAGACCCAAAAGCCUCAGUAGCACCAGUGCUCGAGAAAUGGGUCAGUGAAGGAAACACUGUUCAAAAAGAACAGCUUCAGUUUCUUGUUCGGCGCAUGAAGUGUUAUAGGCGCUUCAAUCAUGCUUUAGAGAUAUCACAUUGGAUGACGGAUCGUAGGUACUUGCCAUUAUCACCUAUUGAUACUGCUGUUAGGUUGGACUUGAUCAACAGAAUUUAUGGAUCCGUACAUGCAGAAACUUAUUUCAAGAAACUUUCAGAUAAGUUGAAAACUUACCAUGUCUAUGGUGCUCUUCUCAUCGGCUAUGUGCAAGAAAAUUAUGUUCAGAAAGCGGAAGCUAUUAUGCAGGAAAUGAGAGAGAAGGGAAUGGCAACAUCAUCUUUUCCCUAUAACAUACUUAUCAACCUUUAUGCUAAAACUGGAGACCUUAAGAAAAUCGAUAUAUUGGUACAGCAAAUGGAAACAAGUGGAAUCCCUCAAGAUAAGUACACAAUGAGGAACCUAAUGGCCACUUGUGUUGCUGUGUCUGACAUUUCUGAAAUGGAAAGAAUCUUGAAUCAGAUAGAAGAGAAUCCUCGGCUUGGUCUUGACUGGGAAGUGUAUUCAAUUGCUGCAAGUGGGUAUCUGAAAUUUGGGUCAAUUGACAAAGCUUUGACGAAGUUAAGGAAAAUGGAGGGAAUGAUGAUGACCUCUAAAAGGAAGACAGUAGUGUUUAAUUUUCUUCUGACACAGUAUGCAGAAACUGGUAAAAAAGAUGAGCUUUACCGAGUCUGGAAGACAUACAAGCCGUUAAUAGAAUCAAGAGACACAGCAUUUGGCUGCAUGAUUGCAUCUCUCUCAAAGCUGGAUGAUAUUGAGGGUGCUGAAAAGAUCUUUGAGGAGUGGGAGUCCCAGUGCACCGUUUAUAACUUUCGUAUGCUAAAUAGUCUUCUGAUUGCUUAUUGCAAAAAGGGGCUUUUUGAGAAAGCUGAAGCAGCUGUAGAGAAAGCUGCAGAGGGAAGAACCCCCUAUGCAUCCACCUGGAGCGUAUUGGCAAUGGGGUAUAAAGAAUACAAUCAAAUGUCCAAGGCAGUCGAGAUGUUGAAGAGAGCAUUAAUAUCAAGGAAUGGUUGGAAGCCAAAUCCCACCACUUUGACUGCAUGUUUGAAUUACUUGGAAGCACAAGGAGAUGCUGAAGGAAUGGAGGAAAUUAUAAAGUCAUUAAAGCGCUCGGAACUUCUAACCAGGGAUAUAUAUCAUAGAUUAGUAAGGACUUAUAUUGCUGCUGGAAAAUCAGUCACUGAGGUUCUCGAUCAGAUGAAGAUACAUGAUUUUGUUGCUGAUGAAGAGACACACAAGAUCCUGGAAGCUAAGCCAAGUUUAUAGACUACUAGAACUCCCAGCAUUGAUCUUAAGGAGACCUUGAUCUUACAGAGAACUCCCAGCAUUGAAAACUUUUUUUUUUUGAGAUAGUCUAGAACACCCAGCAAUGAUCUUAAAGAGAACUGUCAGCAUGGAUCUUGUACCUUGAUUUUAAAGGGUGUAAUUAUUAUUUUUUUUUAGAAAGUAAUUAUAAAAAUUUUUAAUUUAGAGUGUAA